GCCCGGGUGCUCCACUCCGGCUAAACGCUCCUCUAUUAUAAAUAAUUAAAUAUCCUCAUCUAUCUCUCCUGCAAUAAUCGACCUAAGGAAAUCUUCCAAGGCGUCCGCCAUGGAGCAAAUCACAAUCCCUUCCGACCGAGACGGCGUCGCCUACCUCUAUGGCCACCCACUGCGCAACUCCCUCUCACCACCCCUCCACCAAACAGUCUACAACGCCCUCGGCCUCAACUGGACGCAAAUCGCCCUCUCCAGCGCAAAUGGCCCCUCCUACACCCAAUCCCCGGACAUCACCACCUUCCUCUCCUCCAUCCGCUCUAACCCCAAGUUUGUGGGAUCCUCCGUUACCAUGCCUUGGAAGGUCGCCAUCAUGUCGCACCUCGACGACCUAACCGAAGACGCCCAGCAAGCCGGUGCUUGCAACACCAUCUUCCUCCGCAAGGACUCUCAAAGCGAGACAUCCUACGUCGGAACAAACACAGACUGCAUCGGGAUCCGCGAGGCCCUACUGCAGAAUUCACCGACGGGACCGGACCACUUUCGCGGGAAACCGGCGCUCAUUGUCGGUGGUGGCGGCACGGCCCGGACGGCCAUUUAUGUUCUGCGACGCUGGCUUGGCUCUAGUAAGAUCUAUAUUGUUAAUCGGGAUGCCGCCGAGAUAGAGACUAUUCUUGCCGAAGAUAAGCAGCGGAAUGCCGGUGGGUCGGGCGUUGCGCCUCUUGUCCCCAUCUCCGACCCGGCUGUUGCGGCUACAGUUGAAGCACCUGUUGCGAUUGUCUCGGGCAUUCCGAACUAUCCGCCCAAAACCGAGGAAGAGAGCCGCGCGAGAGAGACACUAAAGGUGCUGUUAGGGCGUCAACCGCAUGGUGUUAUCCUGGAGAUGUGCUACCACCCCGUGCCGUGGACGGAUAUUGCGCAGAUGGCCUCGGAUGCCGGAUGGAAGGUGAUUCUCGGGUCGGAGGCGCUGAUCUGGCAGGGCCUCGAGCAAGCGAGGCUCUGGACGGGGACGGACGUGGUUGCGGUGCCUGGGUUGGUAGAGCAGGUCAAGGAAUUUGUCGCAAAGGCUGUUGCUGAGAGGGCUAAGUCGAACUUAUAGAUUCAUACAUCGAUAGAAUAGAAAUUCAUUGUAUAUAUG